AUGGCGAAGAAACUACGGAACCGGCGAGGGGAGCGAAGGGUGGAAAUUGAGCUGGCCUGGAUCGCGGGCCACGAGGGGGUGGAGGGGAAUGAAUGGGCGGACGAGGAGGCGAAAGAAGCCGCGAGGGGGGGGGGGGGGGGAGAGGCGAGUAGUCGAGAAGAACUACCAGUGGCACUAAAGGGCAAGCUACCGGACAGCAUCUCUGCAAGAAAGCAGGCUCAUGCAGCGAGUAUGAAGACACGAUGGGAGAGACUAUGGGCCAACUCGCCACGGGCGCAUAGGUUGGCCAAACUGAAUCUCAAGGCGGGUGCUCGAUCGUUCAUAACGCUCACGGCUGAUCUACCAAAGCGACAGACUAGCGCACUAAUAUUUCUCAUUACACGGCACCUGCCGCUGAACGCAUACCUACACCGAUUCAAGCGGGCAGAGGAGCCAUUCUGCAACCACUGCGACGAUGUCGCAGACGAGACUAUCCAUCACUACCUGUUCGACUGCCCCGCAUGGGGGCGAGCACGACACGACCUCAUAAGAACCCUCGGCCGCAACGCCGAAUCACUAGCAUACCUACUAACGAACACGAAGGCCACACAACCGCUGAUGCGGUAUAUCAACGCGACGGGGGGAUUCAAGGACAUCCUAGGAGAUGUAUGCAGGGAGACAUACUCGAGUUAUUAA